GCAGAGGCUGCGCGAAGUGGGAACUGCUUUCGAUUGUUGGCGGGCGCCGCCAUCUUGGUCAGUGAGCUUGCGAGUGGCUGUACGACGAGGUGUACGUAUUUCGGUGAAACGAGUAUUUCGUGCGAUUUCCCUGAAACCCUUCAUCUACCCGUGAAAUCCACGAGCAUCCAAGAUGUCGGAACGGGAGGACAACGUUUAUAAAGCGAAAUUGGCUGAGCAAGCGGAACGCUAUGACGAAAUGGUCGAGGCGAUGAAGAAGGUCGCUUCACUGGACGUGGAACUGACCGUCGAGGAGAGGAAUUUGUUGUCCGUCGCCUACAAAAACGUGAUCGGUGCGAGGAGAGCAUCCUGGAGAAUAAUAUCUAGCAUCGAGCAAAAGGAGGAGAACAAGGGUGCCGAAGGGAAGCUGGAGAUGAUUCGUCAGUACCGAUCCCAGGUUGAGAAAGAAUUGAAAGACAUCUGCGCCGACAUCCUUGGAGUUUUGGAUAAGCAUCUGAUACCUUGCGCGUCUACCGGCGAAUCUAAAGUUUUCUAUUAUAAAAUGAAAGGUGAUUAUCAUCGCUACUUGGCCGAAUUUGCAAUCGGAAACGACAGGAAGGAAGCAGCGGAGAACUCCCUUGUAGCUUACAAAGCAGCGAGCGACACCGCUAUGACAGACUUGCCACCGACUCAUCCUAUCCGCUUGGGAUUGGCGCUCAAUUUCUCUGUGUUCUAUUAUGAGAUUCUCAAUAGCCCCGACAGAGCGUGUCGUCUAGCGAAAGCUGCCUUUGACGACGCGAUCGCAGAACUAGACACCUUAUCCGAGGAGAGCUAUAAAGAUUCCACCCUCAUCAUGCAGCUUCUUAGGGACAAUCUUACUCUCUGGACGUCAGAUAUGCAAGGAGAUGGGGAGGGCGAACAGAAGGAACAGCUGCAAGACGUGGAAGAUCAGGACGUAUCGUAACUCUAACUGUAGUGAGUGUUAUCCUGCGCAUAUAAAACUGAGACACAAGAAAGCAAAAACUCUUAAUAACUUGUAAGCAAAAGAAAACAAUUCAAGCAGGUGGCAGUUCGGGGUGGGAAGGGGAGAUCUUUAGUGAUUGCGUGACCCUAAGCACGCACGUACGUACGGUUACUCCUAACAAACAAGCAAACAAAAUUACAAAAAUUAUCGUUCGAUAACACGCAUUGAGUUAUAUGGAGCGCGCAGAGAAAAGUAACGAGCAAAAGGGCACGCACCCUGCGGUAUAUAAUAAUAGAAAGAGACUGCAAAGAGCAUUUAGAGAGGCACUAUUCUUUGCCUUCCUUCGCGUAUCGAGAAGAGAACAAAAAUGCUGUCUUUUAACACUGUGCAUGCCCGGUCAAAAUUCAGUGGACGAUGUCGAGAACGUUGAGUGGACGCCGACUGACAGCGUAUAUCAUCUAUAUUAAUAAUAAUUAAUAAUUAUAACGAAACAAAAAAAGAAAAAGAAAAAAAAAGAGAGGUAUGCGCCAGUCCGUCGGGAUAAAGCCUCGUUUCUGUCGAUUUUAGUGAGUGAGAACGAAUAACCAUAAUAUGUCCCCCAUAACGUUUCACAAUAACGAAACAUGCUAAAUAGCUCGACGUCGAUCGAAGUGCAUUGUGUUCGUUUGUUUUUACCCGCCCCCUCACCCACAAUCUCUCCUCCUCGUCUCUUCCCCGCUUUUUUACUGCGCGCAUGAUUGCUCUCGCAUACUACGAUAAAAUAACGAUUAUUAAUGUAUGCGUGUAAAUCGAGUGUAAAUCAUCUGUUUAUCUAAGGGAUAAACGCGUCUCCUCAGAGUGGAAGAACGUGGGUUGGUCACGGUGAACGUAAAAGAGUCGGGGACAAGCCACGCGCUUUUCAUCUCUGCUCUUUUUCUUUCUUUUCUUUUUGUAAUAAGAUAUUAUGAAUGUACUUCCCAACAAGUCUAGUUACACACAAGUAAUUUCAUACACCAUAAUUUCGAGUAUAAAUUUUUAUCGGUCGAUGAAGCAAGUUAAUUAUUCGCCAGAAACGUUUGGCGGGCUGUAUUCGUCGGACUACAGUAUCAUAAAUUGAUUCUUCUUGUGUAUAUUUAUAAUGCGAGUGAUUUUUUUUAAUCUUACAAAAUCUUAGACUACGUUUUCAAUUGGCUCAGCGAAUUUUAACCGAAUAGAGUUAAGAGAAUACGCUACCACGAAAGCGUCGUACUUAAGAGAACAUGCAAUAACAUCGGUUUGUCCAAGUUUGGUCUUCUGAAUAAUAAUAAUAAUAAUAAUAAUAAUUAAAAGGAAAUUUAACAGAGUGAGAAAAAAGUAUCGGUUUUCGGUGUAACAGAUGUUCUUUCACUCAACCUGUAAUCUUCUCAAUGGAGAGAAAGAUAUCUUUGAUGUAGAUGAGCUUUUUCCCAGUUUUUCUUUUAAAACAAACAAGUUACGUUUCAACGGAGAAACAGGAAACAAGUAGCUAUCCAGCUAGUCCGUAUUUAAUGGUUGUACUUUUUCAUAUCCCCCCAUUGUGUAUAAACUAUAACGAUCGCUGUGGUAUUACGAAUUACAGAAUAAACGAUUGUAUCCCGACGUUCUUUAUUUUAUUUUUUUUUGUUUUCUGUUUUUCACUCGCGCUCACUUUCGCUAUCACUGUCCUCGAUUCCACUGUAUCUUAGCUGAUAUCUUUAGCCGUGCGUCCAUUCACCUUUUUAUCGAUCAACCGUACCGCCGAUUUCCGCUUAAAAAACGAAACACAUUCCAGUAAACUCUCUAUCAAUAAAUUCAUUUGCACGAGUUUAACGAGACGAGCUUAGCGACUAGUGUCGGUCGGAAAUUUAUGUUCUCGACAAUUAUUCGUUUUCUACUAAGAAUUUAAGAUCCAAAAAAAAGGAGCUAUUUGUAAAAUUAUGCGCUCAAGUAUUCCAAGAGAAACGUAAUCGAGAAAAAUUUCAAUCGUGCCAUAAGUUUCUGACCGUCACUGCGUACGUGUAACGAAUAUAUACCAUCUGAAACCAUGAGUUUCCUCAGGAUCCAUGCUCGUAACGAUGAAUGAGGAUAAUCGUUCUGUAAGCGUGCAGCAAAAAAGCGAGGUGUUAUACCUGAAUGCGCAAGAAGAACGCGCUAAGCGAAAUCGAGCUCUGCCUAGAAAUUUUGGUGUACAUCGUGUGCCCCUCCCCUUGUAUUUAGGUAUUAAUAACGAUACAAAUUGAUAAUCAUGUUACGUAAAUAACGUUAUAAAGAAAAAUAACUCAAAGUAAUAUCAACGGCACCGUAAGUAAGUAUAUGCGAGUAAUUUUAAGAGCGUAAACCACGUAUCGAGGGAAGAAAAAAAAUUAUUCAUCGACACGAAUUGUUCAUGCGAUUACGAAGAAUAAGAAGAAGAGCAGUUUAUUAAGAGCGUAUCGUCGAACAUGUUAGCGGAGGAAGAUCAUGUGGAAGACACGAAGGUGUAAAUGGUACCCGUGAACAAAAAAGGAUGAAGAAAGAACAGUGGAGGAGGAGUCACAGAGGAUAUCGUAACCAUCGGUUAAGAAGAGUUUUGCAAUAGUCUAUCAACACGUAUAUCAUGCGUAAGAGAGUGACAAGUCAUAAAAAAAGAAAGAGAAAAAGAUUUAGGUACAAUAAAACUUGUCAGUGGCAACGAACGGUGUAGUGAAUUCCAAACGACGAUAAAACUGUGAGAUACCUCAAAUCCAAUUACUUGCUUACACGAUGAAUUAACAGAAAAAAAGCUAAAAGAUAACAAGAUUGAAGUAGCCCAACGCGAUAACAAUUUAUUAUUCGUCGAUGAUAUAGCGUGUGACUCAUUAAAUGGCAAGAAAACAAAAUAACAGAAGAGUAGUAUGUUCCCGAAUAAAUAAAAUCGUAGAUAGUCAUUGAUGAUCAUUGAUGAGUUUCUCGUAGAAUUAUUAAACGAAAGAUAGAUGAUCGGUGUAUCGAUUGAGACCGCUUUUUACCCUUUUAUUCGGUAUUGUUGUGCGUGCUUAGUCCAUUUUUUUAUAGAAUGAAAAAGAAAAAGCGAAGAAACUGAAAGGAAUUAACAUCUAUUGUUUCCAUCUCUCUAGAUGUACUAAUACUUCUGCUCUUGUCUCUGUAUUAUAAACAUUAGUUGUAUCUCUAUAAUUAUCUUCGGAUCAUUCCAUCUUGUCGCUGACCCCAAUUCACGAGAGCGAUUAAUUAGACAACGGUUAUCGAAAAUUUAUCGUCAUUUGGAUGAGACUAAAUCUUUCUUUUCAUUUUGACAAAAUUCGUAUGCGUUCUUACGCUCUGUACUAAUUACAAUCAAUGCGAAUACACCGGAUACGACCUUUUUCUGUAAAACUACACAUAAUUACAUACAUAAACACCGAUACACACUCUCUCUCAGACGUACACUCAUACACAAUGACACAGGACAUACACGUGAAAUCUAUAAAUAAAGUAAUUACAACUCUA